AUGGACAUGUUCAAGCUAAUUCGACCGGCUCCCGUGACGCAACACGUGAGAUCGCGGGAUGCGUACAUAUAUUUCCAUCGAGCUUGUGUUGUAGUCGGAUGGACGCCCCCAGAACGAGGAAUAGCGCGAUAUCUUUAUUUGAUUUGGGGCUUUCUGGCUGUUGCAGGUGGAAUUUGCUACUGUCCUGUUGGCUUCGUCAUACCCUACUUUUUGGAGUUCAAAAACUUUACGCCCGGCGAGUUCCUAAACUCGUUGAAGGUGUGCAUUAACGCAUAUGGCAGCUCUUUCAAGGCCUCCGUUACACUUUUGAUGCUAUGGCGUUUGCACGCAACGGAAAAACUGCUAGAUGAGAUGGACAAGCGUAUACAGAACGAUAAAGAACGGACGAUACUACACGCAAUGGUUGCCCGUUGCAAUUACGCAUUCCUCAUUUAUACAUUCAUAUAUUGCAGCUUUGCAGGAUCAACGUUUCUCUCGUAUACACUUUCGGGCCGACCGCCUUGGUACAUUUACAUGCCAUUUGUGAAUUGGCGCAAUGGCUUAGGCAGCCUAUGGACACAGGCCCUCUUCGAAUACGCCGUCAUGUCAACUGUUUGUCUGCAAGAUCAACUGGCCGAUGUAUAUCCACUAAUCUAUACCCUGAUGCUUCGUUGUCAUUUCGCUUUGUUGAUAGAUCGUGUACGCAACCUUCGCAAAGAUCCCAAUAAGACCGAGGAUGAAAACUUUCAGGAUCUGGUGAAUUGCGUCAUCGACCACAAAAUGAUAAAAAGAUGCUCCGCGAUGUUUCGUCCCGUGAUAUCGCUUACUAUUUUUGCACAAUUUCUGUUGAUUGGUAUAGUGCUUGGAUUAACAUUGAUCAACUUGUUCUUCUUCUCGGAUUUUUGGAGAGGUGUAGCCUCUGUUAUGUUUAUCGUGACUAUUCUGACGCAAACAUUUCCAUUCUGCUACACCUGCAACUUUCUUAUGGACGACUGCGAUGACCUGUCGAAGGCGAUUUUCCAAUCGAAUUGGAUCGACGCCGAACCACGCUAUAAGAGGACACUGUCUUAUUUUAUGCAUAAUGUGCAGCAGCCCAUUGUUUUUCUGGCAGGUGGCACAUUUCCCAUCAACAUGAACACCAACAUCAGUGUGGCAAAAUUUGCAUUCAGCAUUAUUACAAUAGUUCGCCAAAUGAAUUUGGCUGAUCGAUUUAUAACGGAUUAG